AAAAGUGGACUGAACGAACGGUUUAAAUUGCCAAAACAAAAUGCUAAAAGCUGCUUUUUUAAACGCAGGACUUCUGCUCGCUUGUGCACUGACUGCCGGCAUUUGUGCGGACGCCGAUAAGGUUGUGUUCCAAUUUCCCGAGUACGAUUACAAGGAAACCAGCAAAAAUGAAAUCACUUUCCGAGAGUUUGAAUCCGCUUGCGACCAGAGCAACCGAUGUGCAACGUACGAGGGCAUCGAGCGGACCCGGUGUGUCCGCGAGUGCAUAUCGCCGUCCUGCUAUCAGGAAAUCUACAAAUUCGACGAGCUCGAGGAGGGUGAGAUCGAUGUGCGACUGAAUUCGUUCCGGGCCUGCUUCAUGCAACGACUGAGUCGGAACCGCGGUUAAGGCGUGCCUCACUGCCCUACAGACUUAUCAAACAGGAGCAUAUCCUGUGAAACGUAGCCAGUAUUCCAAAUUAAUCUUUGGUCUCA